CCACCUUCAACAUGGCCUCCCCAACGAUUCACAUCCUAGGAGAUGACCCCAAUACCACCCAUCGGCUGAACGCAUGCGCUUACCAGCAGUCCGCCAUCACCACAUUCAAUGGAUGGCAGUAUGCAGCCUUCUACACGUCUGUGUCUCGACCACACUCGGCCGCACGGCGCGUCACCCUUGCUCGACGAGCCAUCCAUACCUCCUCCUGGCAAUAUCUCAUCUUCGAAGACUACGAGCAAACCACAGACGAUGGACAUAAUACGAUCUCAAUCGGGAUCUGUGCCGGAGAUGCAACAAUCCAUCUUUCAUUCGACCAUCACUGCGAUAUACUCAAAUAUCGCAUCUCUCGACCCGGUCUCGCCACCGACACAGAUGAAUCGAGCUGGAUAGCAGGCUAUUUCAGCCCCAUUCAAAGCCACCUCCCAGGUCAAGGUCCCAACUCUCUGAAAGAUGUCACGUAUCCCCGUUUUAUCCCAGCCGGUGAUGAUAUUUAUUUUGAAUGUCGGAUUGGAAACCACCAGACCGCGAAGUUCACGCCCCUCGGUGCCUACUUAGUAGGGCAUAAGUGCAAUCCAUACCCGAAUGGAGUGUCAUAUCAUCCAGAAAGCAACAAUCUCCAUGUCACCUGGACAAACCGCCAUUUCAUCGACUAUGAAGGCUCGCAUGACCAGACAUCUACAGCGCAUAAAGCACAAGCUGGGCCAAAUGGGCCCGAAAAUAAUGAGGGCCUCUAUCACUCGUACAGCCCUGAUGAUGGGGUUACCUGGGUCAGUUCGAAUGGGGGGUUAGUGACAUCGCUGUCCACCGACAAUGCAACUGGCUUGGGCUCUCAGGAUACUAGACUUCGAGUGAAAGAUAUCCCGCGAGAUAGCGGGAUCAUGAACCAAGAAGCUCAGUAUGUUGAUGUCCAUGGCGGUGUUCAUGUCCUAAACCGGGAGAAUACCAGCGGCCAGGAGAAGUGGGUUCAUUAUUAUCGUGAGCCAAGGACGGGUGGAUGGUCAAUCUAUGAGAUUCCAAGUGUCUUUCCGACUGCUACGGGGCCUAGAGGGAAGGUAGUUUAUUGUGGACGGACAAAUGCGGUGUAUCUUGUCCUUCCGUCAAAUACGGCGCAUGAAUUGAUCAUCGCUCGAAUUAAGGGAGACAUGCAGUCCUCAGAGCGAGAUUUUGAGAUUCUAUGGAAAGAGGAAGGGUACGUUGGAGAGCCUCUGGUAGAUGAAGAAGCUUUCCUACAGUUCGGGAUACUGUCUAUAUUCAUCCUGCUGGAGAAACUCCCCACGGAGAGAAAAAUUGCCGUUUUGCAGUUCAACGUGGAUGACCUAGCUAGAUUGUGA